AUGCCUAAGCACAAGAAGGCCAAAACCUCGCACCCUGGUGCUGGAUCGCAGACCAGAGGCAACCUUUCACACGCAGAGAUAUGGGAUGAUUCGGCACUGGUCAGAAGCUGGAAUGAAGCUGUUAAGGAGUACGAGUAUUAUCAUUCUCUGGUAGCACAAGGGCUAGAUGUUGAAACAAUUCUCGAUCAAGCGGAGGCAGCCGAAGCCAAUGGCGAAACUCCGGCUCUUGGUCUGGAAGAGGUUGUGACGCACACGACGACAGGCGCCAUUGUCGACGUCCUUCCACCUACGACCAACGAGUCUGACGAGGAGAACGAAGAGGGCGAAGUGCGGGACGAGCCUGAACGGCAGCCUACUGCCCAAGAGCGCCAAGCAGCGCUCAAGCGCGCUGGUUUGACUCUCGACAGCACGACCACCGCAAACUCAGAGCCCGCUACGACGGCGCAAGGGCCUAUGGAGGAUUCAGCGGCCCCGAAAUCCGCUCUUCAUCAGCCAGAGGCUACAGCUAUAGGUCCAGAUCAGACGCUCGAGAACCUCAAAAUGGCCUACUACUGGGCGGGUUAUUAUUCGGGUUUGCACGACGGACAGCGGCAAGCUUCAGCGAGGAUUGGCGAGAGUUCUAUAAGCUGA